UCUAAAUCUGUCCUUGUGUCAGAUGCAUAUAUGGAGAGAGUGAGUAUAGCAACCAAUGACGCUCUGCUUCUAAAAUAGGCCCAUCUCCCUGCCCUCCCUUCCACCCACUAAAACAAUGUCAUCCAGGGAAAGAGCCUCAAAGGACACUUGAUCUCACAAGCUUUGGAUUUUUUUUCAGGGGACCUAACCCGGAAACCCAUUGACAGCAUUCUGAUUCUGAGUCUAUGUUCCUGAGACUCUCUAGGAGAUGAGCACUUCUCUUAAUUACAAGUCUUUCUCCAAAGAGCAAGAAACUAUGGAUAACUUAGAGAAGCAGCUUAUUUGUCCCAUAUGUUUAGAGAUGUUUUCUAAGCCAGUGGUUAUCCUCCCCUGUCAGCACAACCUAUGUCGAAAAUGUGCCAGUGACAUCUUCCAGGCCUCAAACCCAUAUCUGCCAAUGAGAGGAGGCACCACUGUGGCUUCAGGAGGUCGGUUCCGCUGUCCCUCUUGCAGGCACGAAGUUGUUCUGGACAGGCAUGGCGUCUAUGGCCUUCAGAGGAAUCUGUUGGUGGAAAACAUAAUUGACAUAUACAAGCAAGAAUCUGCCAGUUGCAGACCUGAAAGAAAACCUGAGCAGCCAAUGUGUGAAGAGCAUGAAGAUGAGAAAAUCAAUAUUUACUGCCUGAAUUGUGAAGUGCCCACAUGCUCAAUGUGCAAAGUUUUUGGUGCUCAUAAAGAUUGCCAAGUUGCUCCCAUCACAAAUGUUUACCAAAGACAAAAGUCUGAACUCAGUGAUGGCAUUGCAGUAUUGGUGGGAAGUAAUGACAGAGUACAAGGAAUAGUAACUCAGCUGGAGGAAACUUGUAGAACAAUUGAGGAUUGCUGCAAAAGACAGAAGGAGCAACUAUGUGAAAAAUUUGAUUCUUUGUACUCAAUUUUGGAAGAAAGAAAAGGUGAAAUGGCACAAGUAAUCACUAGGACCCAAGAGGGAAAACUGGAACAUGUCCGGUCUCUGAUGAAAAAGUAUUCAGAUCAUUUGGAGACGGUCUCAAAACUGGUGGAAUCAGGCAUUCAGUUUGUGGAAGAGCCAGAAAUGGCUGUGUUUUCACAGAAUGCAAAAGCGUUGCUUCAAAAAAUUACUGAAGCCUCUAAAGCAUUUCAGAUGGAAAAAAUAGAGAAUGGCUAUGAAAAUAUGAGCCAUUUCACAGUCAAUCUCCAAAGAGAAGAAAAGAUAAUAAGGGAAAUUGACUUUUUCAGAGAGGAGGAGGGUGACGAUGAGGAGGAAGAUGUGCCUGAAGGAGAAGAAUUGGAUGAAGUCCACACAGAAUCAUCUGGCGAGGAAGAGGAAGUAUCCGAGCGAGCAUCUCAACAACCACAACAGAAUGCUGUGCCAGAAGAAAUGUCAGCUGUCACUCAGAUUAACAUACCAUCAACAUUACCACCUCCACUACCCAUGAAUGCUGCCACUUCAGAUAAUCAGGGUGAAAUUGUGCUGACUGCAACCGAACAAUCUGCAGGAGUAGUAGACACUGAACUACCAAGAGGAGAGCUGAUUGAUCCUUUGUUUUAUCCAAGCUGGUAUAAAUCUCAGCCACGACAAACAAGCAAUUCAAACACAACAUCAGUGACCGAAAAUAGGCAGGUAGGGCCUUGCAUUCCUGUAGAGGUGAAUGGAAAGAAGGUAGAAGCUCCAGGAACAGUUGCUGCUACAAAUGUGAGUUCUGCCGUGAGCGAUAAGGAAGCUAACAUACCCACAGAUACUUCACAGACUGGGUCUGAACCAUCCCCUCAAGGACCAAUGGAAGGACAGCCUAGGAGCAAUGAAAACCUUGGUGAGGUCCCUCGUCAUGUCUUCUCUUUCUCCUGGUUGAACUCAUUGAAUGAAUGAUGACUCCAGCAGCAGAACUCAAAGACAGCAAGAAACUUGUCUCAAAGUGAUAACGAGUAGCACAUUUGAACAAAAUGGUGGAUCAGGAUUUAUCCACAACACUUUGUCUGAAAAAGAUCACAUUGGAUGAAACUCUCCUGAGAUUUUCAGAAGUGACCCUACAAUUUAGGAAAGGGCAUAGGACAGAAGAAAUGAUGAGAGUCAGUGGCUAAUAAAAUGAACCAACUGAGGACUGAAUUCAUACCACUUUUGAGGUAAUGAUAGUUAAUGUAUGAUAACCUUAUUAAUUGUCUAGCUCACUUUCACAUAUGGGUACUUGGUUUGAUGAGACUUUGUGUGACAGAUAAUUACAAACAAGCUAUUGUAUGAUGAUUGCAAUGAUAGCUCAAGCAAAGCUAAUGUUGAAAAGAAAACAGCACAAUACUAUUGUUGCAAGUAAAGUGUUUAAAGCAUAAUAAUCACCACUUUGUAAAUGUUUGGGGCAUUUUCUUAGUUUUAUAGAAUUGAUUUACCAGCAUUCUUGUGUAAAGUGCUUAAUGUUUCCUCACUAAAAGAAUUAUUAUUGUUAAUAAACUUCUCUGUACCAA